AUGGAGAAGUUUGGCAUGAACUUUGGAGGUGGCCCGAGUAAGAAGGAUCUUCUAGAGACUAUUGAAUCACAGAAGAAGCAGCUUCUUCAAUACCAGGUUCGGCUGAAGGAUGUUGUCAGAGCCUACAAGAGCCUGCUCAAGGAGAAGGAGGCCUUGGAAGCCAGCUUGAAAGUGUUGUCUGUGUCUCAUGAGGCAGAUGUUGGUUUGAGCAGUGCUCAGCCUGUGUCUGUGGCCAGCUCUAGCUCUUCCUUUGCAGACUGUGCUGAUGACAGGAGCUCUGUUCACAGUGAAGAUAGUGUGGGGACAGCUGCCAGUGCAGACACUGCUGCCAGCCUGGCCAGUACCAAGGGCGAAGCAGGGCCCGAGGAUGAUAAGCUCGUGGCUUCUGCUUCCUCUGUUAAAUCAGAAGAGACGAGUGGUUCAGAGAGCGGCAUGAGCACGAGCAGUGGGGACGUACCAGCUGCUGCCAGUGAGGCUGAUAAAAGAGUUGUGCAGCUGAAGACCCAACUGGCCACCCUGACCAGUGCUCUGGCGACAGUCACGCAGGAGAAGUCCCGCAUGGAAGCCUCCUACCAAGCAGACAAGAGGAAGAUGAAGCAGGACCUGGAUGAUGCCAUUAAGAAAGCGGAGGAUGAGACUGAGAAGCUGGAGGCGGAGCUGAAGUGUGUCCAGGAGCAGCUGGCUGAGACCAAGGCCCGUCUGAUCACGCAGCAGCACGACAGAGCCCAGGAGCAGAGCGACCACGCUCUUAUGCUGCGGGAGCUGCAGAAGCUGCUGCAGAGCGAGAGGGCUUCGCGCCAGGACGCGGAGCUGAGGCUGGAGGAGAGCAGGGAGAUGCUGGCUGGGAGGGCCUGCAUGGCCGAGCGUGCAGAGGGCUACGAGCUGCAGAUCAAGCAGCUGAGCCAGGAGGUGGAGGACCUGAAGAGAGAGCUGCAGGCUGUUCAGGAGGAGAACAAGAAGCCAGACCCACGGAUCCAGGAUCUGCAGGAGGAGAUGGCCAGCCUCAAGAACCACUUCCAAGUGCAGCUGCUGCAGGAGAUGAAGAAGGCUGCACAGGCAGAGGAGCAGCUCCGCCAGCACGCCCAGAUGGAGGAGAGGCGAGUGGCUGACCUGGAAGGCCAAGUCUCUGAGGUGUCAGAGCUGCUCGGCACCUAUGAGAAAGCCAAGCAGAAGGACCAGGUGAUCAUCCAGAAGCUGAAGGACCGCAUCGUACAGCUGGACCUGGAGAACAAAACCCUGGCCAUCGCUGCCUCCAGCCGAGCCCCUGCUGAUGCUCACGUGGAAGAAGCCAACCUGGAUGUUAAUGUUCUAAAGGAUAAAAUGGAGAAGCUGAAAAAGCUCUUGCAGGCAGCAGCUAAGAAGAGUGAGACCACUCUGGAUGUCGAGAAGCUGUGUGAGCUGGAGCUGCCAAAGGGCACCGAGGCGGGGGAUGGUGAGAAGGCCACUGCUGUGUACUACCAGCAGGAGCUGAAGCAGCUGAAGGAAGAGUUUGAGAGGUACAAGAUGAGGGCACAAGUGGUUCUCAAGAACAAGUCAACGAAAGACAUCAACCUGGCUAAAGACCUGGAGGAAGCUCAGGAGCAGCUGGCUGACCUGAAAGAGAAAUACGUUGUGCUUCAGCUGGCCUCUGAUGAAAUGGAGAAGCAGCACCAGCAGGACAUGGAAGCCAAGAAGCAAGAGUUGUCCCAGCUGCAGCAGAUCCAUAGGCAGGAGUUAGAGAGAUGCCAGCUGGACUACAGGGAGCGAGCACUGAAGCUGGAGGAGGAGAUGCACAAACAGCGGGACCGGGCCCUGGCAGUGCUGGCCGAGAAGGACCAGGAGCUGGAGCAGCUGAGAGCUGCCACGCUGCCCUAUGGCCUUCAAGGGUCCAAAAACUACCUUGUGUCAGAUGGUGCUUGCAGUGACCCCCCAGGUAAUGAUUCCUCAGAGGUUCUCCCCCAGGCUCUUCACCUCUCCACCACCAGCGAGCCCACCUUCAUCUUGUACGCGGAGCAGCUGGCGCGCAAGGAGGUGGACAUUGUGGCCCUGAGGAAGCAGAAGCACAAGCUGGAAAUGCAAGUUCACCACCUCCAGGAGAGGAUCUUGGUUGAGGAGGAGAAGCACCGGGAAGAGGUGUCUGCGCUUCAAAGUGAGAUCGAGAAGAACUUCAGAGACAAGAGCAGAGAAGGAGCCAACCUGGAGUACCUGAAGAACAUCGUCUACCGGUUCCUGACGCUGCCGGACGCGCUGGGGCGGCAGCAGACCCUCACGGCCAUCCUCACCAUCCUGCACUUCAGCCCAGAGGAGAAACAGAGCAUCACAAAGCAGUCAGCGUCCAGCAGCUGGUGGCUGGCUGGCAAGAGAUGA